UCAGAAAAUCAAACUCAUUCGAGAGGAGACCGGUGCUCUGAUUACUACGCCUGGUGAAUACGAGGACCACGUCUUCAUAAUCGAGGCCCCGCCGACCAUCGCGCUGCGUGUGGCCAACCUAAUUGCAACACGAGCCCAGGAAAUAUCACAGAGCAAGCUGUCCGCCAGCGAAAGA